AUUGACAUCUAAUGAGUUUGUAUAGUAUAAAUGACACAUCUUGUAUUGAUAUUGAUAUAAGUAUUUGAUUUCUUAUUGUGCAGCACAAUCAUCUGAUUAAAGCCUUUUUUUCGAUUAAACAAAUAAUUAACGGCGUCAAGGCACACACAAUAAAACGGCUUAGAUAAAUGAGCACAUCAAAUUGAAUUGAGCGAAACGAGACGGCACCGCAGUUCUAAUAGUGAAAUAUGUGCAAUUAGUGCAUUUUUUUGCAUUGAUUCGAGCUUACUGAUUCCAUUGCAAUUGCAAUCGCGAUCAUAGUGCGUUUUCUGAGUUUCAAAUAACGGUGCCUUUUUUCGUAAAUUUCGUUUUGUUGUGGAGGAAAAUUGAAAAAAAAAUGUCGUGUUACUUUAAGCAUCAGCAAGAGACAACCAUUACCAUUCCCAGUAAUGUUGAUGUAAAUGGAACUACGUAUUACAAUAUUCUUGUUUCAAUCGGCAGUGUGAAUUGGACGGUACGCCAUCGAUACAAGGAGUUUGUUGAAUUACACAAUAAACUCGUGAAUGGGCAGAGUAUCGGACGGGAUUUAUUGCCACCGAAAAAGGUCAUUGGCAAUCGUUCACUUCAAUUCUUGGAACAACGACAAAAAGACUUGGAAAAGUAUUUGCAAAAGGUGCUAUUUUUUCUGCAGCAUCACAUGUGCCGCGAUUUUGUGGAAUUUUUGGAGCUCAACAAAUACGAUAUCGUUUAUUUGCUACAAGAUUUAGCAAACACAUUCUUUCAGCAAUCCGAACUUUUGUUGCAAUUUUUUAAUAAACGCUACGAAUUUUCGGUACUAGAAUUGCAUGCCAUUUCGGAAAGGUUACGUUUACCGUGUCCAGCGAAUGAUACCGUUGAAAAUAUUUACGAUUUCACUCAUGUCGUUGAUUUUUGCUCACAAAUCGAACGGCUCACUGUGCGACCAAGAAAUAAGCGCAUCAUUGAAUCUGCAUCCUUUUUCGUGAAUCAAAAUUCAUCGAUUGGCACGAGCAAUAUCAUUCCAAGCAAUCUAAAAUUUGAUUUAGUCGCUUUCAAGACACUGAAAACGCUGCAAGUGUUUGGGCUGAAUGUUGAAAAUAUUACAAAUAUGGGAACAUUGCGACAGACAAUACAGCAAUUGGCCUGGCACUCAACAUCAGUCACUCGAAUCAAUGAGUUUUUACUGUGUGAUUGUGUGCACAAAAACGAUGCUAGCGAUGAUAAUGUAUGGCCAAAUUUAGAGAAUAUCAAUUUAUCGGAUAAUAAGUUGAAGGUAAUCGAUACGACCAUUAAAUUGGCGCCAAAUUUAAAAACACUCGUUUUGGACCAAAAUCAAAUUCAAACCAUCGAAAAUCUAAGCGAUUUGCCAUACUUGCAAACGCUUAGCCUGUGUGAAAAUCAAAUUUCGCAAUGCAUUGAUUUGCAUUUGCAAUUGGGUGGCAAUUUGAUGCAUUUGAAUGUGUCACAAAAUAAUUUGCGGUCAUUGGAAGGCUUUCGAAAACUAUUCACUCUAAUCAAAUUGGAUGUGAGCUGCAAUGCAAUCGAAUCAAUUGAUGAAGUCGACUAUGUGGCCAAUUUGCCAUGUCUUGAAGAGCUUAUUCUCACUGGAAAUCCAAUAGCCGGCACAGUUGACUACAGGUCUCGAACGUUGGCUAGGUUUAAUGAUCGCAUCAAUGACAUUUAUUUGGACAAUGAAAAGGGAAGUGCACAUGAGAUCGACACAGCGUUGGCUUUGUCCGCGCUUCGACAAUCCGAAACGCUUUCGGCUUUGAUGCGACAAUCUCAAAUCACCCCAACCAAAACCACUCCAUCUGAUGCUGUUUCUAGCAAUGCAUGUGAUACAGUCAUAGCGUCCACAUCGACAACGAACUCAACACACAGCUGAAAUAUGUUGAUUUUAUAUUCGCUAAAAUUGGAGCAUUUAUUCAUUUCUAUCGUUAUGCUACCACCAUUCUUCAACUCACCAAAUGUUGAAUCAUGUGAAUCUCCGUAUCUUCUCAUAACCUGAUGAAUGUUAGUUUCGUACUCAAAUUAAUAUACUUAUUCUGAGAUUCCCCUAUUUUGAUUUGUGUCUAUUUGAUAUAUUGUAAAUAUGUAUGUAUAUAAAUUUUGUGAAAAUAUGUAACGGUUUCUAUUAAGCCAAUAAAAAACAAAUAAACCGAUUUUAUUCGCAAAAA